AUGCGCCUGUCCAAGGUGCUGAUGGACGGGGGCAGCAGCCUCAAUAUCCUGUACAUCUACACUCUGGAGACCAUGGGGAUCCCAUGGGCCUGCCUGCAGGCCUCCCUCUUCCCCUUCUACGGCAUCCUGCCGGAUUGGAAGGGGGCGUAUCACGCCGUCCUUGGGUGCCCCGCAUACGCCGAGUUCAUGGCGGUCUCCAACUACACCUACCUCAAGCUCAAGCUGACAGGCCCGAACAGAGUCAUCAUUGUGAGCAGCUCCUUUGAGCAGGCGUACGCCAGCAGUCGCGAGCACUUCGACCUCGCCACCACUGCCGCGAACUCGGCGGAGCUUAGCCAGCUUCGCACCACCACCGCCUAG